CACAAGUUUUAGAUCGGCUUGAUUUUUGGUGUUGCUACUGUCUUAUAUAUUGUUAUUGAAUUUGGCAAUUAAGUUAAGGCAUGAAUAACUGGUGUAAUUAGGAUUAAUUUGACCAUAAUUUCCUCCUUGUAUGAAAUGGUCAAUGAUAAUGACACAGGUUGAACUAAUCAAUCAUUUUGGUUAUGUUUUGCGUUACGUUUCUAUGCAGCUUUUUUGCAAUACUCCAAAAUUAUUGAAAGUCAAGUGCUUUUGAGUUAAGGAACUCUGAUGAUUGGAUAGUUUUGAAGGAUGCAAUCUGGCAUCAGUCAACUCCAUGCAGCACUUUGACUAUUCUCAUUUUCAUUUUAAUAACCAUGAAAAGGUCCAAUGAACUUAGAAAUUUCAAUCUAUUUAUGUAAGAGAUUUCUCCAUUUCAUGCUUGCUCAAGUUUUUUUUUAGGACCCAAUCUCCACCAUGAAAAUAUCUCUCCACGCCAUUUUUCUGAUUCUAUUUCCAAUCUGUUGUAGCCAAGUUCUUCCAGUAGAUGGAAUUAGCAUAAUCAAGCCAGGUGAUCAGUUGAACUCUACUUCAACCCUUGUUUCAGAAGGUGGCAAUUUUACUUUGGGAUUUUUCACAAUCCCGGAAACAAAUUUUAGCUACCUGGGAAUAUGGUAUACAGCUGAUUAUCAACGUAGAAAAGGUUGGGUUGCCAAUCCAAACUCUCCAAUAAAUAUGAACAGUAGUGGAGCUGAAGCGCAAUUAACAAUGGACAGCACAGGAAGUCUCGGCAUUUUCAGUGGAGGGAAUCCUGUUCUGAAUGUUGCUGAUCAAGUAGUGACUAACAAUAAUACGAUUGCUGUUUUACUCGAUUCGGGAAAUUUUGUUCUUAUGGAUUCAGGAUCAGGGAACAGGACUUUAUGGCAGAGUUUUGAUCAUCCUACUGAUUCACUUCUUCCUGGUAUGAAACUUGGCUUCAAUCUCACAACAGGACAAAACUGGACCCUGAGUUCUCCGUUGAGUUCUUACAUACUUGGGUCAGGGGCGUUUACGAUGAGCUUGGAGAGGACUCAGGAUUCAGGGCAGAUUGUUAUUCGUAGGCGGGGUGAGGUUUAUUGGACUAGCGGUCCUUGGAACAAUCAAGGUUUCCCAUUCUUUUCGAAGCUAAAUGCCUCUUUCCUUCUGUUUGCUCACAAACUUAAUUUCGCAUCUGCGGAUGAUGGGAUGUACUUCAGUUUCGAAACUAUUGGUACUGCCAUAUCAAUGUUAACUUUAAAUCCAGACGGGACAAUUUUGGAUGAUGCAAAUAGUUUUUUUGUUAAUUCAUAUGAUCAGUUUUGUUAUGGGUAUGAAAAAGAUAAUGGCUGUGCGACUUCAAAGCUUCCUACUUGUCGAAGUAACAAGGACACGUUUAAGGUAAAGAGUGGGGGCUUUAUUGGAGGUGACAUUAACUAUGAUCCCAAUUCAAACAUUAGUCUUAGUGAUUGUAUGGAAAGGUGUUGGAAUGAUUGCAACUGCAGAGGAUUUAAUACUGGCGGAAAUAAUGAUACUGGUUGUAUAACGUGGACGAAUAAUAAGCUGUUUCAAGUAGAUGAAUCUGGCCGAGCAGUGCAAGCAUAUGUGUUGGUUGCUGUGAAAUCAUCCGAAGAAGAAGAGAAGCGAUUAAGGGAUCAGUACAUACAUCAGUUGACAGCGUCAGAGAGUUUCAAAAACGUUGAUGAAAUGGAAAAAACUGAAAGAGAAGGUGACUUAAACUUCUUUAAUUUUGGAUCCAUUAUGGCUGCUACAAAGGGCUUCUCAGCACAAAACAAACUUGGAGAAGGAGGAUUUGGACCAGUCUUCAAGGGAAAAUUACUCGAUGGUCGUGAUAUAGCUGUUAAAAGACUUUCAAAGACAUCUGGACAAGGUUUAGUGGAGUUCAAAAAUGAACUAAUACUCAUUUCCAAGCUCCAGCACACAAAUCUUGUACGAGUGUUAGGAUGCUGCAUUCAUGAAGAAGAAAAAAUGCUGAUUUAUGAAUACAUGCCCAACAAGAGCCUGGAUUUCUUCCUUUUUGCUGAAGAUAAAAAGGAGCAACUUGAUUGGGAAAAGCGAUUUAGUAUCAUUGAAGGUAUUGCUCAAGGACUGCUAUACCUUCAUAAAUAUUCCAGAAUGCGAGUAAUACAUAGAGAUUUGAAGGCCAGUAAUGUUUUAUUGGAUGAAAAUAUGAACCCCAAGAUUGCUGAUUUUGGGAUGGCAAAAAUCUUCAAACAAAAUGAGACAGAGGCAAUGACGAACAGGGUUGUAGGAACAUAUGGUUACAUGGCACCUGAAUACGCAAUGGAAGGAGCAUUUUCGAUAAAGUCUGAUGUUUUCAGUUUUGGUGUGUUAAUCCUUGAAAUAGUCAGUGGUAGAAGAAAUUCCAACUUCCACCUGUUUGAUGAGGAACGUCCUCUCAACCUAAUAGGAUAUGCAUGGGAGCUGUGGAAAGAAGGGGUAGCCUUAGAACUGAAAGAUCCUGCAAUUGGUGAUUUGAGUGACAUAAAGCAGCUAUUAAGAUCCAUUCAUGUCGGCCUUUUGUGUGUGCAAGAAAGUGCAACAGAUAGGCCAACCAUGUCUGAAGUUGUUUCAAUGCUUAACAAUGAAAGCAUGAGCUUGGCAGCUCCCAAGAAACCGGCAUAUUUCACCGGCAGAAGGGACCUCAAUCUUAAUUCAACAUCUUGUUCAAGCACGAUAAAACAAGCCAUUUUCCGCAGCCAAAGUGGCAAUGUCAUUUUCCAAGGUUAUGCUAGAAAUAGGGGGCUAGAAUUUUUACAUCAACUUGUCCCUUGGAAUACGAUUAGUUUGCAGAAGUCACUACAUCUGGUAGCUCAAGUUAGCAAUUCAUCAAAGGACGAUUUUAAUCAAGAUGUGCGUUUUACAGUUUCAUUUCCUUGGAGAGGUUAUGUUGGUUGA